AUGUCCGCCCCCAGUACCAGUCCCCCCCGCCCCAAAGCCAUCAUAUUCGACCUCCUCACCGCCCUCCUCGACUCCUGGACCGCCUGGACCCUCGCCCUCUCCACCGCCCUCAACGAACCCGAACCCACCACCCCAACCCACGACCUCGCCACCCACUGGCGCCACACCUACCUCGCCCUCACCUACACCCACAAAGGGCCAUACACGCCCUACGCCGCCCUCGUCCACCUCGCCGCGCAGCAGACGCCCGGCGUGCCGCCGCGCGCGGCCGAGGUGCUGCUGGAGAAUUACGUGGCGUGGUUGGCGCCGUGGCCGGAGGCGCGGGCGGUGUUGGGGAGGCUGCGGCGGGAAGGGUAUGCGGUGGGGGUGGCGACGAAUUGCAGUGAGGUUUUGGGGAGGGGGGCGGCGGGGGUGUUGGAGGAUGGGUGUGGCACUACUGCGACGAUGAAGACGGCGAGGUCUGAGGGUUUGGGGCGGGAGGAGGGGGAGGAGGAGGACGGUGACGAGCGGGAGGGUCGUGGUGGGGGGAGCGCGGGCUUCGUCUUCGACGCCGUCGUCACGGCCGAGGAGAGCGGGUGGUACAAGCCGGCGCCGGGCGCGUACGCGGCGGUGCUGGACCGCCUGGGCUGCCGCGCGGAUGAGGUGGUGUUCGUGGCGGGGAGCGCGGCGGAUGUGCCGGGCGCGAGGGGCGCGGGCAUCGAGCGGGUCGUGUGGCACAAUCGGGUGGGCAUGGAGGCGAAGCCCGGGGCGGAGGGGUUGGCUGAGAAGGAAGGGGCCACGUUGUGGGAGGUUUUGGAGGGGGUGGUGUUGUGA